UGACAUCUGGCCUGAAGUUUCCCAGAUCUUGAUUGGGCAGGUGUGAUUUUUCCUGCAGGUUGAAAGUGCCCAUACUCUCCAUCCUAAUUCAAUUGUUGUGUAAAACAACUGAUUUAGCCUGAUAUCACCUUCCCAUAUGUGCGGAUAUCAGGAGAAGAUUGGCUCCCUUGAUGACUUUGCCAAGUACCAGAAAGGGUGUUAAUAUUGUUGUAAACUGAUAAGGUAAAAUACCCACAUUCAUUUCCAGUUGUAGUUCCUUAAAUGGGAAUAAAAUAAUGGGAACUGAAAGAGUUAACAGGAAGGUUAUACCUGCACAAUACAUUUGCCCCACCCUUUGUGACCUUUGUGAUUUAAAAAGUUCCACUGGUUAUAGAGAGAGAGGAACGUUCAGUUUCAUUUCUUGUUCCUGAUUCCAGCGAUGGCGGCUGCUGAUCUGAGAGACGAGCUGAGCUGCUCCAUCUGCCUGAGCAUUUAUACUGAUCCGGUAUCCCUGCCCUGUGGCCAUAACUUCUGCCGGGGCUGCAUUGGGGGGGUGCUGGGUACCCAGGAGGGGUCUGGGGCUUAUUCCUGCCCUGAAUGCAGAGCUGAGUAUCAGGAGCGCCCUGCCCUGCCCAGGAACAGAGCUCUGGGGAACAUAGCAGAGAGGUUCCGUCCGACUGAGACAGAGCCGGGGGAGACUGGGAUCUUCUGCACUUACUGUCUCCUCUCUCCUGUACCUGCUGCUAAAUCCUGUCUCCUGUGUGAGGCUUCUCUGUGUGAUACCCACCUGAGGGGGCACUGCCAGUCAGCAGAACAUGUACUCACUGAGCCCACCGCUUCCUUUAUGGGGAGAAAAUGUUCUGUACAUCACAAGGUUCUGGAGUAUCACUGCUGUGAGGACUCUGCCUGUAUCUGUGUGUAUUGCUGGGUGGAUGAGAAGCACCGGGGCCACAGGGUAGAGCUGCUGAGUGAGGCCUCUGAGAAGAAGAAAGAGAAACUGAGGAAAGUUCUGGAGAAACUGAGCCCAGAGAGAGAGGAGACUGAGAGAGGAGCCCAGAGGCUGCAGGAGCGCAGGAGAGAAGUGACAGAAGCGGCAGCCGGUGAGACAGAGAGAGUCACUGCCCUGUUUAGGGGCAUCAGGGAAGAGCUGGAAGCCCUAGAGAAGCGACUUCUGAGUGACAUCUCCAGGCAGAAAGAGGAGCUCUCACUCCCACUCACUGAGCUGAUCCAACAGCUGGAAAUAAAGAAGGAUGAGCUGUCCAGGAAGAUCCGGCACAUUGAGGAGCUGUGCAACAUGGCAGAUCCACUCACUGUCCUACAGGAACAAUGGGAAUCCCAGGGAGCUGCAUUUUGUGGGGCUGAGGGGGCAGAUACUGAGGGCAGAGAGAGAGAGGGUGCUGAGGGGGCAGAUACUGAGGGCAGAGAGAGAGAGGGUACUGAGGGGGCAGAUACUGAGGACCCAGCUGUAGGGGAUCUGGAUGUGGGUCGGAUCUCAGAGACAUUACUCACAGGCUUAGCUGGGAUUGUGACUGGGGUAGAGGGAAGGAUCUAUGGGCAGGGGGCUACAGAGCUGGUACUGGAUAUAAACAUGGCUGGGAAUCAUGUAUCUGUAUCAGGGGAUGGGAAAUCUGCUUCCUACUCACAUACAGACCAGCGUCGCCCACAAACCCCACAGAGAUUUCAGGUUCCUCAGGUUUUAAGCACCAGGAGUUUUCCCUCAGGGCGACAUUACUGGGAAGUGGAGGGCAGUGAAUCAGGGGGCUGGGGGGUAGGGGUGGCCUAUCCCAGUAUAGAGAGGGGAGGGGGUCAGUCCUACAUUGGGAAUAAUAACAAGUCCUGGUGUUUGUGCAGAUGCAAUAAUAACUAUACAGUGAUACAUGACAGUAAAGUCACACAGUUACCCCACGUCCCUUCCUGCAGGAGAAUCAGGAUCUCAUUGGACUAUGAGGCCGGACGCCUGUCCUUUUAUGAGCUGAGUGAGCCAAUCAGGUACUUACACACCUUCACUGCCUCCUUCACUGAGCCCCUUCAUGCUGCAUUCUGGGUAGGGUGGUAUGGUAAUGCCUGUGUGAGAAUCAUUAGUUAGGGCCCCGCCCACUGCCCAGCAGGAACCCCAUUCCCAGAGCUGCCCUUAGUCCUGUGAUGCCAGGAAAGGAAGGGGGUGCAAGAGCCAUAUUUACAUUGGACGCUCCUCUAGCCGUGACUGGGCAGCCAUAUUAACUAAUAAAGUUGUCUAAAUUCCAUUUUAUACUGCUAGAAGAAUAUUAAUUGCUUUUGACUCCUUAGUUUCAGCCCUCAUUGCUUUCCCUGUACCGCCCCUUUCUCUCUCAGCCAAUGAGUGAUGUCCCGCCUCCUGUACAUGGGCCAGUGUUUGGGCAACUUUUCCCAGUGAUCAUUUGCCAGUUGGCUCACGUGUGACUGAGUGUUUUAUUGUGUAAGCAAAAGAACUUUGCACUUUGCACUUUGCACUAGUGCAGUUUUGGGAGCACAAUGUGUGUAAGUACACAUCCAAAUAUUACAAGCAACACAUAUUUAAUGGCACACCUAUAACAAAAAUUCAACCUUUAUUUAAACUCCCAUAAAAUCAUUGUAUUACAAUCAGGGAUGAGGGAAAGUUAAAAAGAUAUGACCCGGGAACCUAUCAGAAAUCCCAAUAUGCCAGUGAAUAACAAUUAGCAUGUAAUCCUCACUGCUGUUACUCGGGUAGCGGGGUUGGGGGACUGUCCUUUUUAGUGGGUUAAAUCAAUCUGUUAGCGCUAUUUCCAACCUGAUUAUCCCCACACUGCAUCUAAACCUUCUUUAUUAUUAUUCUUUUAUUACUUCAUUGUAGCGGCUUCUAAUUAUUUAUCAUUUAGUUGGGAAUUAUGGUUGUAAAAAUGUAUUCCAAUAGCCGAGAGUGCUCCCUCGAGUAGCUUGUGGCUGAGGGGAAAGUGAUAUCCGUGUAUAUGAAAGUUAUGCUCACGUAUGGGAAAUUGUUACUCCCAGUAUAUAAGUUGGGGCUGGGUUUGCCACUAAAUUACCUUUCCAUUCCCAAAGCCCCUAUAAUACCUGUAUCAAUCUGCCUCCUGUGCU